AUGGCCAAGCAGGAGGCUCUCCAUACCCCUGCAAUCUCUGACAAUUUCGAUGUGGCAGCAGAUACGGAUUGCCUUUGGAUAGCGGCCAGCGUGCAGACGACAGAUGAGUUGCUACCUCAGAUCACCUCGGCAAGGACUUGCCAUGACGGGGACAUUGUCGUCCUGGUUCUCAAUCCAACUGCUGGUAUGAAGCGCCGCCUCAAGUCAACUUAUUGCAGGGCCACUUGUACCCAAAGAGCAGUUGUGCCAGACCUGGGCAAAGCAUGGCAGAGCAAUCGCAACGCAACUGCAAAGCAAAGCUCAUUGUGA